AUGUCCAAAACCAAUGUUCUGUUGGUCGGCGCCGCGGGUGAAACCGGAGGAUCGAUUGCUAACGGCCUGCUUGAAGAUGGCAGCUUUGAAAUCUUCGCAUUGGUUCGACCCAUUUCAGUCCUCAAGCCCGCAAUCGUCCGGCUGCAAGAGCGAGGUGUCAAUGUUCGCAAGUGCGACCUGAAGGCGCCAGAGGAACAGCUCAUUGAAGCUCUGGCGGAUAUCGAUGUGGUCAUUAGCUGUGUCGGACCAGCUGAGCAGCAGGACCAGAUCCCAUUGGCCAAGGCCGCGAAGAAGACCGGCGUCAAGCGAUUCAUUCCAUGUGGUUUCAUCACCGUCGCCCCUCCCGGUGGUGUGAUGUGGCUCCGUGACGAGAAAGAGGUCGUCUACAACCAGAUUCGCCAGUUAUGGCUUCCUUACACAAUCGUCGAUGUCGGUUGGUGGUACCAGCUGUCCUACCCCCGACUGCCGUCGGGCCGAGUCGACUAUGCCAUGACCUCCGGUAACGAUGAGAUCAUCGGCGACGGAACUAUGCCCACUGCUCUCACUGACCUCCGCGACAUCGGUCGCUUCAUGGCCUUGAUCAUCAAAGACCCCCGUACUUUGAACAAGAAAGUCCUCGCAUACAGCCUGGUUUCCACCCAAAACGAAAUCUACAGCCUCAUGGAGGAAAUCGGUGAGGAGACUAUUGACCGAAACUACGUCUCCGAAGAGACGAUCUGCAGCCGGGUUCUGGCAGCCCGUCAAGCAAGUGAAACAUACCCCUUCGACCCAAUCAAAUUCAUCCCCCGUUACCUGGCGGAAUACCAAUACUCGUGGGGAAUUCGUGGCGAUAACAACCCUGAGUACGCUCGUUAUCUCGGUUACUACCUGACCACCGAGUUGUAUCCCGAGUUCAAGGCUAGUGACUUCCGCGAGUACCUCGAGUCUGUGAUCCGCGGUACCGCCAAGGGUGUCUACCAGGACCGUGUGGUUUCGCGCAAGCACCAGCGACACUUCCCCCGCACAGAGUCCAGCGAUUCGCUGUACACUCGCAUCUUUCCUCGGACGGAGUCGAGCGACUCCCUCAUGUCGCGAUAA